AUGCAAAAAUUACUUGCUGGAUCAUCGAAAUAUUGUUUAACCGCGAAACAACUAAGCUUAAAAGGUUAUAAUUUAGUAAGCGAUAAAUCCGAGGUGUUAGGCUUCAAUAUGGAACGAGAUACACUUGCUCUAUAUAAUACAUUGGGAAUACGAAAGGCCGCUACUGAGGAAGAAAUUAAAAAGGCAUAUCGACGCCUAGCUUUAAGAUACCACCCGGAUAAAAACCCUAAUGCCGCUGACGAGUUCAAGUCAAUAAAUCAUGCCUACGAAAUUCUCAGCGAUCCAAAAAAACGUUCAGUAUAUGACAAAUAUGGAGAAAUGGGAAUCCAGAUGCUUGACUCAGUGGCUGGCUUUCUAUUUGAUCCGGAGACAGUAAAAUGGUCGGCAGCCAUUGUAUUUAUACCGUAUUUUAUCGUCGAAGCAAUACAUCUUUAUCCUAAUAUCAUUGAGUAUCUCACUAUAUUACGAACAUCGAAAGUUUACGAUGAAGAGGGAAAUCCUUCGCUUAAAGCAAAAUUAAGACUUUUCUUUGAUACAUUCUGGUGGUCGAGUAUACGCAUUGUUUUAUCCAUUCUAGUAGUGCUGAAAAUUGAUGGAAUAAUCAAAGGUAGCUGGGGUGCAGUAUUCAUUCCUAUAUAUUUGGUGGGAGCUCGAUACGGACUUGGAAUAAUUCAAGAAUAUAUAGCGACCAGCAGAGCUGAACCAUUACAAAAUCGAGGAAAAUUGGACACUAUUCUAAAAGCGAUUGGUUUCUUAAUAGUAGGAUCAUUAUUCUAUACAUUGGUGGGAUUACUAGCGGCGAGAUUGGAUGGACAUACAGGCAUAAAAAUAUCCUCGGUCUUAAUACCAGUAUUCAUAACAUUAUCAAUACUGUUUUGUUGCACUGGUUGUUGCUUACCUUGUGCACUGGUAAAUUGGAAUGUAGGGGAUGAUCUAGAGGGAACCAAUCAACUCAUCCCAAUUUCUCCAAAUCGACGAAUUACUUAUCCUCUCGAAACAGCUGGACCAAGUCAAAUUAAUCAUGAAAGUUCUACUACGAUACCAACAACAACAGAAUAUCAAUAUGUCAACCCUCAGGCGUAA